CUGGACAGACCCGCCUACCCUUUUUUUCUUUGAAACAAUCCAAUAGUAGACUGCAAUGGAGGCUUGUGAAUAAGAUACACAACAGCUAAACUGAACAGGAAGCAAUUAUUUAACUCAACCUUUAUAUCAACAUGUCUCUCAAGACAACUCUCGAACCGGAACACUCCGGGAUUUUGAAGUUUGUAUCUGCAGUGUUCUACGCCGGCAGUUCGUUUCUUAUCACUGUUGUGAACAAAACUAUUCUUACAAAUUUCAGGUUUCCUUCCUACCUGUUCCUGGGGAUUGGCCAGAUGCUCACCACCAUAGUCAUCCUGUAUGCUGCCAAAAAGAACAACAUUGUUAAUUUACAAGAUUUUGACAGAAGUAUUUUCAUCAAAAUUUUCCCUCUUCCUCUGCUAUAUGUUGGAAAUCACAUCACAGGGCUGGCGAGCACCAAGAAACUCAGUUUACCCAUGUUCACCGUGCUCAGGAAAUUCACCAUAUUGAUGACGAUGGUCAUGGAGGCGAGUGUGCUGAGGAAAAGCUUUCCUAGAAGCCUCGUUCUCAGCGUGGUGACCAUCGUGCUUGGAGCGCUGGUGGCAGCCAGCUCUGACCUGGCAUUUGAUGUGGAAGCCUACACCUUCAUCCUCCUGAACGAUGCCUUCACGGCUGCCAGCGGCGUGUACACCAAGAAGAAGCUGGGCACCGAGGGUCUUGGGAAAUAUGGCGUCCUGUUUUACAACGCGGUCCUCAUCGUCAUCCCCACUCUUUUGGUUAGCGCCUUUACAGGGGACCUUGAGAAGGCCAUAUCAUUUGACGACUGGCUGAGAGCUUCAUUUGUCUCCUGCUUCUUGUUGUCUUGUUUUAUGGGGUUUGUGCUGAUGUACUCUAUUGUGCUCUGCAGCCACUACAACUCAGCACUGACCACCACAGUAGUGGGAGCAAUCAAAGGAACUCUGGAGCCGCCUGUUUAGAGUGAAACUGUCCGCCCACACUUUAGAUGUGGUUUGUAUUUGGUUACCUGAGCAGCUGUUUCCUGUGUUCUCAGCAUGUCUGGUGGGCUGGUCUACGCCUACCUGACCUUUCACCCUCCCAGCAGCCACCGCGCCGCCACCAACCAACUUCAGCCAAUCAACGUCCUCGUCACACAACCUUCUACAGACCGUCUGCCUAUCAGAUGAUCUAGAAAGGCCAGAAAUACCUGAUACCUAAAUAUCGACAAAACACACGAUUGGUUAUCUCACCCGAUCCUGUGCUUUGAUUGGUUGUCCCUCACAUACUGUGAAUUGAUUAGUGCUUCACACAUAUAUUUAUGACUUUGCUCCAUAUUGGGGUGACUGUGGGAUGUUUUAGUUGUUUCUUAGCGAUGAUUCCCUCUGAACAUUUAUCAAAACUGUUUGUUCCUCUGACUGUUCAUGUCCUGGGAGGGGGUUGUGCAUAAGGAUGGUUUUGAGUUUGCCAGGUAGUCUGAAAUAGCACUGUAUUUUGUUAUUUUUGUUCACAUUAUUGAACUUAACAGACAAAAAGAAUGAAAAACCAUUAAAAAGAGAGAAAAACGCUCUUAGGGUCUUGAUAAAUGUUUUUUAUUGAAGACCAGUAAGUACCAACAGUUGUGGAUUUUAACUGAAUAUGUGUAUGUUACUUCUACAGAGCAAGCAAGAACUUUCCUUAUCGAUGCCAAGCACACAUCUGACUCUAUACAGGGCGAGGGCAAGUAUCUAGAAAUAUUAAUUCCAGCACUCAGAUUAUGUGAAGCCUAGUCUAAUACAUCAUGGUAUAUAUUAUUGGCCAAAGAUAUUUAUUUAACAAUAAACAAAGGGUUAGAAAUACAAUAAUAUAAAAUUCUAGGGUAAUAAUAAAAAUAUUAUAACCCUAUAUAACUAAUAUUUGGUUUUUGCGAUGAUCAACAAUUUAAUUUUCUCCCAGUUUCGCACAAUGGUCACUGAAGUGUGGAUAACUAAAGAUUUUAGCCAAUUCAA